AUGGACUCGGACGAGACCGGGUUCGAGCACUCAGGACUGUGGGUUCCUGUGCUGGCUGGUCUUCUGCUGGGAGCCUGCCAGGCACACCCCAUCCCUGACUCCAGUCCUCUCCUGCAAUUCGGGGGCCAAGUCCGGCAACGGUACCUCUACACAGAUGAUGCCCAGCAGACAGAAGCCCACCUGGAGAUCAGGGAGGAUGGGACAGUGGGGGGCGCUGCUCACCAGAGCCCCGAAAGUGAGUGUGGGCCAGAGCCUGGGUCUGAGGGAGGAGGGCUCCACUUUGACCCUGAGGCCUGCAGCUUCCGGGAGCUGCUUCUUGAGAACGGAUACAAUGUUUACCAGUCCGAGGCCCACGGCCUCCCACUGCACCUGCCGGGAAACAAGUCCCCACACCGGGACCCUGCAUCCCGAGGACCAGCUCGCUUCCUGCCACUACCAGGCCUGCCCCCCGCACCCCCAGAGCCGCCAGGAAUCCUCGCCCCCCAGCCCCCCGAUGUGGGCUCCUCGGACCCUCUGAGCAUGGUGGGACCUUCCCAGGCCCGAAGCCCUAGCUACGCUUCCUGA